AUGGGGAAAUCAGUGACAGUCACUCUGCUGUCCCUGGAGCAAAUUGUGAGCAAUCUGAGCUCUCAGAAGGACCGACCUAGCUUCUCAGGCUCCCUACAGACUAGCAAGGAGGCUCAGCUUGGCCUGGCCCAAGACUUUCUUAUAAAUGGCCAAGACUGGCCCUCAGCAAGACAAGGCAGGGGAUCUAGCCCAGUCAUGCCUCCUCUGCUGCCCACCCCCGAGUGCCUCCCAGAGAGCAAAUCUGUUGUUCACUUGCAUUCAGUUGACUGCUCACUCAAGCUGUUCCUUCUCGCCAUCUCUACCUUCCUGGGGCCAAGCCAGCCCCGGAACACCAAAGGCAAAAGGAAGGGGCAAGGGCGGCCUGGCCCCUUGGCCCCUGGGCCUCACCAGGUGCCACUGGACCUGGUAUCUCGAGUAAAGCCCUAUGCUCGAAUGGAAGAGUACGAGAGGAACCUUGGAGAGAUGGUGGCCCAGCUGAGGAACAGCUCUGAGCCAGCCAAGAGGAAAUGUGAGGUGAACCUGCAGCUGUGGCUGUCCAACAAGAGAAGUCUGUCUCCUUGGGGAUACAGCAUCAACCACGAUCCCAGCCGCAUACCUGCGGACUUGCCCGAAGCGCGUUGCCUAUGUCUGGGCUGCGUGAACCCCUUCACCAUGCAGGAGGACCGCAGCAUGGUGGGUGUGCCAGUGUUCAGCCAGGUGCCAGUGCGCCGGCGCCUCUGUCCGCCACCUCCGCGCCCAGGGCCCUGCCGCCACCGCGUCGUCAUGGAGACCAUCGCUGUGGGUUGCACCUGCAUCUUCUGAGCCAUGAACCCAGUUGCCACUGCAACUCCUCCCUCCCUGCACCUACUG